GGGAGCGGCGGAAUGUAAACAAAGGCGGCGGCAACCCAAGAGGCGGCCCGCGUGCUCCCUCGUGACGGGCAUCUUUACCUUUGCCAUCUGGUACAGUGAGCGUCAAGACCUCACCAUGCGGGGACUCUGGUGGCCCGUCGCUCCCCAGCUCCUGAGGCAAGCAUCGGCCCUCAAGGUGACCAGGCGCUUCCUCCCUGAAGUAAGGAGCCGUUUCUACAAGAAUGUGAGUGUGGCUGGGAACGCUGGCACGUAUGAAGUAAACCUGGACCACCGCAAGUUGAAGACUCCUUUAGGGAACGUCCUGCAGAUUCCUAACUAUGGCCUUGCACUGGCUGUGGCACAUGAAUGGUCAGCCACAAAAAGCAAGAUCAUUCCAAGCUUCAUGCACCUGACUGGCCUCUCCUACACUGUGGUCGACAACCCUAACCAUGAGACCAAGUGGGACACCGUUGACAAGACACUGGAGUUCCUGGACACUGACACUCUCCUCUACAGGGAAGAGAACACAGAAGACAUGCUGAAAUUGCAAGCCAAGGAGUGGGACCCCAUCCUGGAAUGGUUCAACAAGAAGUUUGAGGUGGACAUCAAGCCUUGUCCGGGGCUCUUUGGGGCAGACAUUCCCGCUGCAACUCGGGACACCGUCAGGCGGUACCUCCUCUCCUACAACGUGUGGGCGGCCAAUGGUUUCUUAUUCGGUGUAGAAGCCCUCAAGUCAGUCAUCCUCACCGUUGCUGCAGCAGAGCGCAAGAUUACACCAGAAAAAGCGGUCUAUCUUUCCAGAUUAGAACUAGAAUUUCAGACGUCUCGCUGGGGGUCGGUGGAGUGGGCGCACGACCUGGACAAGCAGGAGGUUCAGGCCAGGUUCUCGGCGGCGCUGCUCUUCAUCCACUUCAGCACAUGGCAGUCCAGCGUCAGACACAAGGCCAAGUAGAUGUGUGUGUGUGUAUGUGUGUAAAUAUGUGUUUGCCUGAAUAAUGUAUUUUGUGGUGAAUGUAUACUUAAUGAAUUUCUAGAUUUUAUUCAGAUCUGUUAUUUAUCUAAUUGUUUUCUUGUUCAAUGAAAGGAAGUAAAUAAAUCCAGGUUUCAA